AUGAAAUUGAAUUUUGAAGAGAAAAAAGCAUUUUUAGAUAAUUUAAAAAAUCGAAUGCUGAAAAUAGAAAAAGUUAUAGGUGAUAUAAAAUUUUACGAAAAUAAUAGUAAAGAAAAAACAUCAGAAGAAAACAAAGAUUGUUAUUUGAAUGAAUCAAAUAUUAUUAUUGACGAUAAAGAUAAUGAAAUAAAAAGUGAAGAAAAUAAGAAUAUUUUUAAUGAAUUAAAAUCAUAUUUAGAAAAUAUACCUUUUGAUAACUUUAAUGCUAAUAAAGAGGAGUUAAUAGAAAUGAUAAAAAAGCAUAAGCACAAAAAUAGUAUUUCAGUACAUUUGUGUGCCAUCAAAAUAAUAUUACAACAAAUAUCGAAAGAUUUUUUGUGUGAUAUAUAUAACCAUUAUAAUGACUUUUAUAUUUAUAUUCACAGUAAUAGCAUUGUAGAUGUAUAUAAUACAUUUGAAUAUAAAAAAAAUAUAAUUUUGUCACAUUUAGAUUUUAUGAGGAAUUAUAGUUCUAAAAUUAAAGAGAUUGUCAAAUUAAAAGAAAAUAUAAACAGCUAUAAAAUAUCAGAGACAGAAAUAUAUAUGGAUAGAUUGAAAAAAAUUGAAAAUAAAAAUGAACUUUUAUUUUCAAAAAUAUCAGAAAUUAACACUUCUUUAGAAGACGUAGCAUAUAAAUAUGGAGUAAUGAUGCAGUUAGCCUCUCUAAUAUUUUUAAAAUAUAAAUCGAAUAUAUCCUAA